AUGGAUGUAACAAACCAAUCAGCAGUGACACCGUUCAUUUUUUUAGGGUUUCCAGGCUCCUCCUCACUGCAGCUGUCAUUAUUUGUAAUGUUUCUCACUGUAUGUUUGCUGUCUCUCAUGGGAAACACUCUCAUAAUUUUCCUUAUUUUGAUGGACUCCACACUGCAGACCCCCAUGUACAUUUUCUUAGGAAACCUGUCUUUCCUGGAGAUCUGGUAUACCACAGCCACAGUACCUAAGUUGCUGGAAUGUGUCACAAGGGUUGUCACUAUUCCUGUAGAAGGCUGUAUUGUUCAGUACUACUUCUUCUUCUCCCUGGGAGCCACUGAAUGCAUCUUGUUGGCAGUGAUGGCUUAUGACCGGCAUGUGGCUGUUUGCCGUCCUCUGCACUACUCACUUCUCAUGAGUGUUCAGAUUUGCCUAAGGUUUUCAGCUGGAUCUUGGAUUGGGGGCUUCAUUUCUCCUCUGCUACCUACCAUACUCAUCUGUCAGCUCAACUUUUGUGGCCCACAGAAAAUCAAUCAUUUCUUUUGUGACUCUGACCCUAUCUUUAAACUCUCCUGUUCAGAUACAUUCUUGGUAGAGGCCUUGGCUUAUACCUGCAGCUCCGUGGUGAUUCUCAGUUCUUUCCUUCUCACAAUGAGUUCCUAUGGCAACAUUGUAAUCACAAUAAUCAAACUGUCUUCUCGGGAGGCCAGGAAGAAAACAUUCUCAACCUGUGCCUCCCACCUCACAGUAGUUACUAUUUACUAUGGCACCAUAAUCUUUGCUUAUGUUCGCCCUCCAGCCAAGUACAAUUUCACAAUUGGCAAAGUCGUCUCUGUGUUCUACUGUGUGAUCACCCCAUUAGUCAACCCUCUCAUUUAUACCUUGAGGAACAAAGAUGUCAUGAAAGCAUUCCAGAAAUUUCUAGCACAAAAGAGAUUUCUAUUAAAUAGAAACAUGCAUGAGUUUUGAGCAAGCAAUAAUUAAGUUGUAUUUAAAGUGAAGUUUCACAGUUCAUUUGCUCACGCUCUACUUAAUGAGGAAGUACCCACCCACAUUAAUGUCUUCUUGUUUGGACUCAAUGGGAGUAUCCAGAGCCUCUGUGUGGGUAUGGAUAUGGAACUAUACUUUGGAACAUGAGUAUUGAGCAGUGACCAUGCCACUGAAGACAAUGAGUGUAUCCACCCUCUUGCAGUCCUCUGCUAUCAAUAUCACCAAUGGAAGGUUCUAUCCAUGUUCUCUGGCCUGGGAACUCACAUUUUACUGAAGAAUAAUCUUUAUCUUAUUCCCUUUGGAGUAAGGUAUGAAUUCUCUUUUAAUGCAUUUAUUCAAGCAAAAGCAACUGGGACGUGUUUAUAUUUGUCAUUUGUAAACAUGUAACUUCUUAAUUUUAUGUUAUUUUAAACACCAAUUUUUAUUAGCUGCAUAUUUUCCUGUUGUCUAAUUUAUAAAAUCAAUACUCACAUUUAUU